AUGCGAAGCUUAAGAUGGUCAUUCAACAAACCAAAAGGAUAUCAGAGAAUGAAUAAUCAACAAGCGGUUGUCCAACCUGCUCAAGUAGUUGCCCCUGCUGGUGCUCUCCCUGUCGAUGCUCCGCUUGCUGGUGCACCUCUAGUUGAGGUUGCUGUCGUUGCCAUCCCCCACGUUCCCGAUCUCCCUCCUCCUGCCCCUGCCAAGAAGAAACCUGCUCCUGCUCCUCUCGUUGCUCCUGCUCCUCUCGUUGCUCCUGCUCGAUUGACAUUGCACUUUGGCCAGGCUACUGCGCCAUUUGAUGUCGUGCAUGACAACACCCCCUACCUAGAGCUCAGAGACGUUGUUAUCGAGAGAUUCUUGCCCCACAGACUUCCUAACAGCGCAGACACUCACAUCGAGUAUCGUCCUGGCGCUGUGAACGCUGCUGUGGCCAACUCCAACGCUCUGAUCCCUGCUGGCACCGAGCACAUCUACAUCACUGAGCCUCCUGUACGAGUCUUCUGGAGAGAUGCAGAUGCACAACCAGCAAUGGAGCUGGACCAAGGUUGCACCUUGGAACGUAUCAUGAUGGGUCUGAAUUUGGUUCGAGCCAAUCUCAGACGAAGGAACCCUCCUCCUCCCGAUCCAGCUCCUGCUGGCUAUGUAGCUCCUCCUCCGCCAAGCCCAAACGUUGUUCAGCCCCCAUAUCCAGCUGGAGACUACACUCUUGUUAAUGUGAAGAAGGAGUUAAGGUGGUUAUGGAGAGUUUUGGUCAAGUGUGCUCCUGUUGUGGCCUAUUUGACAAUUCUAGUGGCAAUAACAGGUUUGGUAAUGUCAGGACUCGCGUUGGAGUACUCCAAGGAUGCACUAGAU